AGAACAACAUUUUGAUAUGAUAAUAGUUGACAGUUGUUAUCAAUACAAACACAAGUUCAGUGAUAAGUUGUGAAGAUUGGUCAAAGUUAUUUUAAAUGAAAAAGUAUAUUUAUUAAAUACCUACAUAAGGGCCAGCUAGUGACGAUAAAGAUGUCGGACCCUACUAUACAGACAUUUUGCUGUCACCAUACCGGUAAUAAAGAAGACUUUGCAGUUAGAAUUAUGGAUGAAUUUAAUACAGACUCGUACAAUAUUGUAUGUUUGGUUUCGUCUUCAGUUGGGAUUUUAGGUUCUGUGUAUCAGAUUUUCCCAGACAUUAUAAAUCGAAUAAAGAGAGGAGUCGGAUCAACGCGGGGUCGGCGUAUUAUUAUUUGGUUAGCUGUUGCAGAUUUACUGGCAUCCUUUGGCGUUCUACUUCGUUCUGCCUUAUGGCUGAGGUAUAAGAAUAUUAUGCCUUUGCCAGAUGAUGAUGUCAGUGUUCUAUUUUGCAGCAUAGUCUCAGCUUGGACUCAAUACUUUUACACUGUUACUUGGUUUUGGACCUUGUUUUAUGCCAUAGACACUUGGCUCACAAUAAAGGGCAGAGAUUCUCAUACCUUGCUCUAUCACUCUAUAGCUUGGGGAGUACCUGCUGCAACUACUGGUGUUGGCUUGUCUAUUCUUUACAUUCCUAAUGCAAAAUGCCACAAUCUACCAAGUGUAACAAGUGCCUUAUACAAGAUAUUGCCUAAUUACUGUGCUACAUACUUACCUAUAGCCAUGGUUAUGAUAGUAAACCCAAUUAUGUAUGUAUUGUCAAGUAAAGAUGUUGAAAUGGCAGUAGCAGUCCCUCUUGCACAGUUCACAAGCAAAGAGAGACGUGUGGUGGACACACUGAGACUUAAGUUUUUCUUGAUCAAUGUCGUGUUCUACUUAUGUUGGCUACCCAACCUUAUAAAUGGGCUCCUGCUCUGGACAAUGUGGUUUAAUAUACCAGUGAAAGUUAUUAUAACUAUAUGGUACAUAAUGGCAUUAACAAACCCCAUGCAAGCUUUAUUAAAUGCACUUGUCUAUAGAAAAUGGAACACAAACAAAUGGAGACAAAUGCCUUCAUUCAGUAACGAAUCGCGAAAAGAAUUUCGCUUUUAUGAUGAACAGUCUCCUCUGUUAGGCUCUGAACCGCCGAGGUUACAGCUAUCACCAAUACCGCCGGGUAUUAACAAUUACGCUACUUUGUGAUGAUAUUAUUUCCAGUAUUGUUGAUAUUGUGUUAUUUAUACUUUUUUUACUAAUAUACUUUUGUAUAUCCUAUCGUGACUAAUUUAUUGUAUCGAAUUAUUCUGGGAUGUACAGCUAGGUAGCACAAAAACGUACACAUGGUUACAAUAUUAAAUGAAAUAGAUGAUUUAUUAGUUACAAGUACAUAUACAUAUAUUAUAUACAUUAUUGAUUUACAAAAUACAAUAACUAUCACAUAUCAUCAUGCUCAUUAUCAGGUGGGGCCAUGGUUAGAUCUGUUAUAUCUUUAACAAUCAUAUGUGCUAUCUGCCAUGCCAUUUCUUCUUCCACUUUAGAAGUAUUACUAGGAACAAACCGGCUCACCAUUUUCUUUAAAACUGAUUUAUCCUUUUUGUCUGGGUCAGGUUCAAAUUUAGAUUCGAAUCUGCCUAAACUAUUCACUCUUCCAAGAUUUAAACCAUCCGGUCUGUUUCGCUGCCACAAAGAAUCGGCAUUAUAUAGUUGAUUAGAGUCUAUAGUCAUGUCAGGUACAGAGAGAUUGCGUUUCUUCUUCCGGAAGACUGGGUCUCCCAUCGCAAGGAGAGUAUUUUGAGUACUAAUACUAAAUUCACUGCUGCAAUCAGAAUGUGAUUUAUGGUGAGAGGACCACAUGUUGUCGACUGAAUGAAUCAUCUCUGAGAGGUAUUUGAAAUACAACUCUGAUUCUAGGAAUGUUUUAACAUAAUGAGUCAAUGUUUUAAAUACAAUUUGGUAAGGAAAAUCAAAACACGUUGGAAGUGGACCCCCUUCACUGCAUAUAUCACUUUCAAUUCUUAGUCUAGUCUCAGUGGGAAAUCCAAUAGGAUGUGUAGCUUGGAGUGAAAAAUAUUUCUCAUAAAUAGAUAUAGCAUCUGCCUGAGCUUGGUCAGAGCUUGUUGUGCUACCAUUUAACAAAUUAUCUCGGAAGUGCAUGACAGCCAUUAAAAAUUCUAAUAAUACCCUGCAGGACUCUUGUUCUAAAAAUUCUGUGAAGUAAAACAAAAUUGUUUCAUUAUGUAAAAUGUCUUUCAGAUUUAGAGAGCCACUGGUCAAAAUGUCAAUUUGUGCUUUGAUGUAAAAUGGACUGUUAAUGAAAUCAUUGUAGUGUUCAUUUUCUAUUUGGCUAAUGAGAACUUCUUGCACUGGUUUAAAGCAGUUUUCUUGUAUUUGUCCCUCUGGUUGACAGAUAUUUGAGAUUACAGAUUUUCUAAAACUAUCUGGUACAUCCAAUUGGUAUGGAGCUUCUAAAGCAAUAUAUUUCUUAAAUAUUGCCACAGCUUCCUCGGUGUAGUCCCACUGGAGUUGUUUACUUUCACUGGAUGCCUUUGAGUUCUCAGAUUGUUCAUGUCCAGAUAAGUUACUACAUGAACUUGUUGAACAUUCAUUAAAGUGUGUAUUACUCUUACUUGUGAACACAUCAUUAUUUUCUCCCCAGUUGCAUUUUUGUGACUUAAUAUCCUUAUAUUGUUUGCAUUCAUGCUUGUAUGGAAGAUCUAAACUUUGUGUACGAUUAAUUUUUGAUAAAUUCCCACUUUCAGUGGCAUUGGUUGAGCUCAGUACAUGUUUCCGGAAUUCUUCUAUUUCCAACAAACAUUUAAUGAGUGCAGCUUUUCCUAUUGAUUCCAUAUAUUGUAUAAAAUAUUUAAGUGCCUUCUUUUCAUAUAUAAUAUCAUUUACACUUAGAGACAACUUAGAGCUCUUUUCAAACAUUUGUUUGGGAUCUGGAAUUAUCAAGUAUCACUUAACUAACAAUACGUUCCAACGUCGAUUAAUUUAUUUUAUUUACGUUUUGUACUUACCUUCAUUUUCUUCUAGUAGUAUUUGUGUAUUAAUUAAACUUUUAAUAUCUGGCGUACUAACGGAUUUUACUUCUGGUGGACGUACUGGACACCCGGUUUUACCUUUCGCUGCGCUUUUCCAGAACUUAAUCAUUUUCGUAUGAAUUCUUCGUUAUACGUGUCUAUUGGUGCUAUGUAAAACUGCAGAAGUAACCUACGUAAGCUCCUCAUAAGUGCGUUUUAUGAGCAUAAGCGUAAACAAUAAUAAGAAAAAUGAAAACAAUUUGUUUAUGUACGAGUACUGGAUUACGUUUACAUUACAAAUGUCAAGACAGUCAG